ACUCCAGAGGCGGGAGGUGUGUGUGUGCAGGCUUGCGGGGGGAGUGUCAGUGAAUGAAGGGGAUAAACGCAGUUUGUUUUGGAUGGGGGACAGCCGGGGGAAGAGCGGCAGAGGGAGCAGAGACCGUGAGAGAGUGAGCGUCCAGUAAACGACCAGCAGCUGGACGGAACCACGACGGAACCAAGGUAGGCUACCCAUUCUUCCUGUUGUUGGCUGUUUACAACACCUAUGCAGUGACAGAAGAAGCACUCUGAUCCCUCAGUAAAACUUCCACACUAUGUACUCCCAGCUCGGUCCGGACACCCUCUGGGUCCUGCUGCCCGCCCUGCUGCUCCUCUGCGUGCCUGCUGCACACGCAGCAAAAUGCCCACAGCAGUGCAUCUGUGACCAGAUCCAGCUCACUGUGACCUGCGUCAGCAAGAACCUCACCCAAGUUCCACCCACUGUUGACGAGAUCACGGUGAAAUUAGAUCUCCGAGGCAAUGACAUCCAGGAACUCCCCACCGGGGCUUUCAAACACACUCCCUACCUGACUCACCUGUCGCUGCAGCGCUGUAACAUCCGCAGGGUGAAAGAGGGGGCUUUCCGCGGCCUCGGUCGCCUGGUCUUCCUAAACCUGGCCAACAACAACAUUGACAUCCUCUACCAGGAGUCCUUCGAUGGACUGUCCUCGCUGAAGCAGCUCAUGCUCGAUCGUAAUCGUGUGGAAGAGAUCCAGCCCGGGGCGUUCUCUCAGCUCGGCUUCCUCAACCUGCUCUCCCUCACACACAACCAACUGGUCUACAUCCCCAACAUGGCCUUUCAGGGCUUGCAGAACAUCAAAUGGCUUCGUCUCAGUCACAACUCUCUGAACUACCUGGACACCGAGGCCUUCGCUGGUCUGUUCACGCUCACACGUCUCAGUCUGGACCACAACGAGCUGCAGUUCUUCCCCAGCGAGACCAUGACCAGACUGCCAGAGGUGACCCGUCUCGAUCUGAGCUACAACCCAAUGACUUACCUCGGCGAGGAGGUGGUGUCCAUGGCCAAACUGACCCACCUCUUCCUGGACCACAUGUCCCUGCAGGACAUGGCCCACACAGCUGUGUCCAAAUCCCCCAGCCUCAUCCACCUGGACAUCAGCUACAACCAGCUGCGUGUCAUCCAGCCCUUCUCCGAAGGUUCACCCAACCUGGCACGUGUCAACCUGGCUGGGAACCCCGUCUACUGCAACUGCUACCUGCGUCCCCUCAGGGAGUGGGCGAUCCGCAACAAGGUGAAGCUGAUGGGGACAUGUGGAGGACCGGCCCAUCUCUCAGGAGAGAACCUGGAAGCCGUUUACCCUCCUGAGAUGCGUUGUCAGAGCCAGGAAGCCAUGUUGAAGGCAGAGUUCGAGGAGGCGACCAGGAUCACGCCACCGCCCACUCAAGCGCCAGAGAACAAGGUCAAGUGUCCGGCCAACUGUGCCUGCGAGGCCGAGACACACCACUCCUCGUGUGAGAACCGCGGCCACACCAAAGUUCCUCGGGGUUUCUCUCCGAGCACGCGUCUCCUCGACCUGCGUGGCAACCACUUCCACUACAUCCCUAGCAACAGCUUCCCCGGUGUUGCCCAGGUGGUGUCUCUGCAUCUGCAGCGCUGCAAGAUUGUGGAGGUGGAGGGUGGAGCUUUCAGUGGAAUGAAGGGACUGAUCUACCUGUACCUGUCGGAGAACGACCUCACUUCCCUCAGCCCCGACGCCUUUAAAGGUCUCCCUCAGCUGACUUACCUCCACCUGGAGAAGAACCGCUUCACUGGUUUCCCCAGAGGAGCCUUCAGACUGGUGCCCAGCCUGCUGGCGCUUCACCUGGAAAACAACGCCAUCACCAAGCUGGAGCCAGACAUCUUGACUGGGGCCGAGGGCCUCAGAGCCCUCUACCUCACCGGGAACGCCAUCGAUCACGUGUCCCCCAGGGCUCUGGAGCAGGCCAGUGACCUCGAUACGCUCCACCUGGGAGGAAACAAGCUGACGGAAGUGCCCAGUGAAGCACUGAGCAAGACGGGAAACCUCAGAGACCUGAGGCUGUCCGGGAAUUCAAUCCGCUGGGUGGGGCCGAAUGCUUUUCGAACACUGCAGAGGUCACUGAAGGAGCUGUAUCUGGAUAACAUGGGGCUGGAGAAGAUGUCACAGAACUCCCUGGCAGGUCUGGGUCCUGGGCUGAGAAGUCUCUUCCUGGAGGGCAACCAGCUGGAGGAGGUGCCUAACCUCCACCCUCUCACUUCUUUGGAGGUCAUCAACCUGGCCGACAACCCUCUGAUGUGUGACUGCCCUCUGCUGCCACUGCGCUUGUGGAUUGAGAAAGUCAACCUGAAGGUACGAGCCACUUGUGCCAAUCCCCCUGAGCUAAGGGGCCGCAAAGUCAAGGAUGUCCAUGUCUUCAAAGCCUGUCCCGGGGGCGAGAACCUCCCCUCCGCCCCUACUGUCACCCCAAAGCCUGCCAAAGCACCCAAGGCAACCAAACCCAAACCAAUGCACCUCAACAGCCUUCGGCAAGUCAAAAUGCUCAAAGCCAAAUCCAAGCUUCGCAAAAGUCCCAACACAAAACCGGCAGCAGCCAAGAAGACCACCAAAACACGCAGCAUGGCCUGAACCUGCUGCCUUUUGUACUGAUGAUUUGAGUCCACAGCUUCCAGUAAACUGGCAACUGUUGAAGAUUUGGGGGUUAAAAGACGGAUUCAACUCUUGAAAACUGUAACCUCUGCUGUCAGUGGAAGCUGUAGCUGCUGAGGCUGUUUCACAUCUCCUGCCAGUCAGCUUCCCUUAGACAGUUCUCUUUUUUAUUUGCAGUAUUUUUUUGCUGUUUAAUCAAUAGUGUUGAAAAAGGUCAAAAAGAUGUUUUUCCCCCAUCAUCCAGGGAGCGCACUCUGAGCACAGAUGGUCUUCGUCAUCACCGCCCUGCUUCAUAUUCACAGUAUUAGAUACGCGUUCCCUGAUCCUCAAGCUCCUGAACAGCUCUGUUGGACAUUUGAGCAUCUCAAAGGCAACAAAUGAAGUGACUGUCAUUUGCUCAAAAAUUAUACAAUCUUUGGCUUCAGGCUUGUUACCCUU